AUGGACUUCACGACCAUCCUGAACCGCAAAACUUCUGUCGCUGCAGCUGCCGCCGCAGAAGCACAACUACACCAACAAUACCUCCAAACCGCGCAAAUGAACCAUCAUAUGCACCAGAAUCCUUCGGUCAUGAAGGCGGAACCCAACCCCGGCGACAACGUCGGUGCCUACCCUCCUCAUCCGGCCGUGCAAAUGGACUCAGGUCUUGCUGAGACCUUCUACUACGCCCAGGGUGGUGCUCCACGCAAUAUGGGCUACGUCCCUGGCGGAUAUGCCGGCGAACCCCAGAUGCAGCCAACCCCCGUACCGUCGGGACGAACUGGGACUGAGGCGCCUCCGAAGACCUUCCACUGCUCAACAUGCAACAAGGGAUUUGCGCGUCGCAGUGACCUCGCUCGCCAUGAGCGAAUCCACACGGGUGUCCGGCCCCAUGCAUGCGACUGGCCUGGAUGUGGCAAGCAAUUCAUUCAACGCUCUGCCCUCACCGUUCACUCUCGAGUACAUACCGGCGAAAAGCCUCACAUGUGCGAGCGGUGCGGCAAACCUUUCAGCGACUCCUCUUCUCUCGCGCGACACCGCCGGAUCCACUCCGGGAAACGCCCCUACAAAUGUCCUUAUGCCAACUGCCAGAAGACAUUCACGCGGCGAACAACUUUGACCCGACACCAAAAUCAUCACACCGGCACUAUCGAGGAGGCUGCUGUCGAGACCGAGGCCAACUUGCGCCAGAAUAAGGAGCGUCAUGGGCCCGGUGAGGGCAUAUUUCCGGAUCACGGCUCCAUUCAUUCUGCCACUUCCUCCCCGCUCAACAUGCAUCCAUGUCACCGGGUGGUGAUCUCCCGCCCUUGA